CAAGUCCCACAAUGCAGCGCGGAGGAGUUGUGUAACUUUCCAGCGUCUUCGAGGCGAAACUGUGCGGCCUGGUCGGUGAAAACUGAGCCGUUAGCCCGGUCCGGUCGUGCAGGCUCCGAGGGAUUUUGGACCGGGGCGGGGCCCGGGGAGCAGAAUCCGUCCGAAGCGUGGAGUUUGGGAGCUCGGAGCGGAGAAGUCAGAGGCCGAAGAGAAGCGAGGUUAGGGCGGGUUGGACGCGCGGAGGCCCAAAGGCCCAAAACAUGUCCUCCUCCUCACAGGCGUCUUCCAGGCGGCAGUGGUGCUACCUGUGCGACCUGCCGAAGAUGCCCUGGGCCAUGAUCUGGGAUUUCAGCGAAGCUGUCUGCCGGGGCUGCGUGAAUUAUGAAGGUGCGGACCGCAUCGAGCUGCUGAUAGACACGGCCAGGCAGCUGAAGAGGACCCAUGUGAUGCAGGACGGUAGGUCUCCUGGUCCUCAGCCGAGCGGUAAGCAUGGUCCAGGGGUGAAGGAUGGAGCUGUAGAUGGAGGCAGACCUCCUGGGGAGAGAUAUGAGAGAGCUAGAGGAGAUUAUGUCCCUGCUAGGCUCCCAAACGGUCUCCCCAGGCUUGAGGAUGGAGGUCCACCUGAGGUGAGCAGGCAGAGCCCCAAUGCCAGGAGGGCUGGGCUGGUGGGAGCCGUUCCUCCAAACCUGAUGGCGCAAGGGCUUGUCGGAGCCCCUCACGGCUUGCUGACUGCCGUGCCGGGCCUCGGGAGAGCCGGGAGCGCCCCGCUCACCAUCUCCACCCCCAUGCUGAGCGAGAUAAGCAAGAGGCAGGCCAUGGGCAUGGGCAUGGGUGUCGGGGUGGCAUCCUUCAUGAGCUCCGAUUUCGAGAAGGAGCUGAAGGAGAAGCAGAGGAACGCCGAAGCCUUGGCCGAGCUGUCCGAAAGUGUCCGGAACCGGGCCGACGACUGGGCCGGGCGCCCCAAAGCGGUCAGGGACACUUUGCUGACGCUGUCCAGCUGCACCCCCUUCAACGUGAGGUUCAAGAAGGACCACGGGCUUGUCGGCAGAGUCUUUGCCUUCGAUGCCAAGCUCGGGGUUGAGUUUGAGCUGAAGGUUUUCGUCGAAUACCCCUGCGGCUCCGGCCAGGUGUUCUCCAGCCUGCUAACACUGGUCAAACAAAUGUUCCACGACAGCCAGAAGGACACGGGCAAGGUGAUCAGCUCCGGCUUCAAAUAUGUCGAAUACGAGAAGAGGCACGGCACCGGAGACUGGCGCCUGCUUUCGGAGCUUCUCAGUGAUGGAGUCAGGGCGUUCAAAGACCCGCCGACCCCCGAUGCCAUCCCACAGCCUUAUCUGGACGCCAGCUGCUCCAUGCUGCCCACCGCGCUCUGCCACAUCGGCCGCCCAGCCCAGCCCCGUCUCCGCCGCCGCAAGGCUUCGCCAGAGCCAGAUGGUGUGGAUAGGCUGCCGUCAGAGGAGCAGCUGCGCCAGCACUGGCCCCUUGGUGCGUACCCAGUCAUAGGCGGGCACAUUCCUGCCACCUCUAUGCCCAGCGCCGGGCAGCCUCCUCCUAGUCUCCAGGAGGGCCUUCCUGGUUCCCAUGGCAGCGACCCGUCGCCCAUCACCGCCCUCAUGAGUGUGGCAGACAAUGUGGGUGCUGCCGGCCAGUCUCCGAAAGAUGUGCCAGGCGGCAGCGGUGCCCACUCGUCCUCGGUGGGCCUCCAGAACAGCGCCAGCCCAUCUUCAGCUGGGCAGAGGCGCCUGGCAUCGCGUAACGGAGAAGUGCCGGCCGGGUCUGCAGGAGCAGCGGUUGCCGCAGCAAUGCCAACUGUCGGAGGGGGCGAUCAGGGGGCUGUGACGGGCAGCGAUGCCUCCGGAGCGGGCAGCGCCCCUCUCUGCUGCACCAUCUGCCACGAACGGCUGGAGGACACACACUUCGUCCAGUGCCCAUCAGUGCAGGGGCAUAAGUUCUGCUUCCCCUGCACCCGAGAUUUCAUCCGCAGCCAGGGCUCGGGCAGCGAGGUGUACUGCCCCAGCGGAGACAAGUGCCCACUGGUGGGCUCCAAUGUGCCCUGGGCGUUCAUGCAGGGAGAGAUAUCCACCAUCCUGGCUGGAGACGUGAAAGUGAAGAAGGAGAGAGACCCCUAACCUGCGGCAGAGCUGCUCUGUUUCACAGACGCUGCAGUUCUGAGCCCCAAAGACGGCCGACGCCACAGCACUGAAGAGGCGACUGUUCACCUGCACACGUUCUCUUCCUCCAUCCCUCUCUCUCUCUCGCUCUCUCUCUCUCGCUCUCUCUCUCACUCUGCUCUGCUCUGCUCUGCUGGCCACGGUAAAGGAGAAUCCAGCCAUGCUCGUUGGAGACGCCCCAUUUAAAGUCCUUCUGCAGUACAAUCAGUUCCGUCUGAACUCCAACAGAGUUGAUAUUUUGCCCCAGUGUUUAAUAGAGCUUUAAAGUAGAGCUUUUUCAUUCAGAGUUUAGGUGAUAAGCCUAACUGUAUUUACCCUUAGUGUUAAUCACAUUAUGAAACACCUUAAAGUGUGAUCACACCGAUUUUUCAAAAAAAAAAAAACAAACAAAAAAAAACAAUCUCUAUAACUCAGUGUUUGAGGUGUAAUCAGAGAGGUUCAGAGCAGUUUGGUGUGAAAUGGUUCAGGCUCAUUAUAUAGAAUGUUGAUGUAUAAGUUCUCUAAACUAUCAUGAAACAUAAAUGGGGGGGGGGGGUUGUUACAUGAAAAAAAUAUAAUGUGGGCCCUUUAAACUUUUCAGAUGUCUGGUUCCUAUCACUACCACUGUGACUCUACACUCUUGAAAAACAUGGUUAUUCACUAAAGAAAACGGCUCUGUGUAGAACCUUGAGCACUCAAAGAACCCCUUACAUGACCAAAGGGUUCCUUGCAUUGUGAAAGCGUUUUUCAGAUUGUUGGUUAGUGUGUUGUAUAUGUUUCGAAACACUGCCAGAAAGAGUUCUUCUGUUGUUUACGACUGGACACUCAAGGAACCAUUUACAUGCUCAAAUGGUUCCGUGGUGACAUGGUUCUGCAGAUUAAGACGAUGUAUAGCACCAUUUAGCACCCAAAAGGGUUCUUCUGUUGUAUAUGAGCUUGACAUCACAACAAGAGAAGAUCCUUUGUGGUGCUGUGUAGAACCAUGUCACCAUGCAAAGGGCUGUUUGGUCAUCAAAUGGUUCUGUAUUCAGUAAAAAGAAAGGUUCUGUAUAAAACCAUAUACACAAAAAGUGUUCUGCUGCUACAGACUUGACAUUGUAGCAGUAGAAGAACCUUUUAAUCACACCAAGGGUCCUUUGAGGCUUCAUGGUUCUACAUUUAUAAUAUUUGGCAGACACUCUGAUCCAGAGCGACUUACAGUUUGAUCAUUUUACACUCGUGGGUGAAGUUGGUGUUGGGAGUCUUGCCCAAGGACUCUUAUUGGUAUAGAGUAGGGCGGUUACCCAGGCUGGGCACCGAACCCCAAUCUACAACGUAGAAGGCAGAGGUGUUGCUCUACACUACACUAUCCAACCACCAUUAUAUAGAACAAAUGUCUUUACUUUAUAACCCUUGAACCAUAAUUUUUAGUGAGAUCAGAGCAUUUCGCACCAAACCACUCUGAAUGACUUUGAAAAACGGGUGGCGUUCCCCUUUAGACAUAGUGUAGGAUGAAUGAUGACAUCUCUGAAUGUCCUGAACACCAGACAGAUGUGGAUUGUACAGCAGGAUUGUUUUCCAGGCCUUCGCGGCUGUGUUCACAGCACUGUACGCAAACACACUUUUUGUAUUGUUAAUGCAAAUGCUGCACACACCUCCGGUAGUUUUGGAAAUUAAAAGUGCUCAGAGUUUGUUUGAAAGCGCUUAACUAUGCCCAUUCAAAGCUUAUCCCAGCAUGUAUAAUAGAAAACUCUCUUUAUAUUUUAUACUCUGUGUAGAUUGUAAGAAAUACUCCCUUUCAAUGGUUAUAGAUGUGCAAUCUCUAGAUUUUAUACCGUAUUGCUUUGUGUACCACUAAGUAUCUGAAUGAACAGAAAAACCAAAGAUAGACAAGCCGGAUUAAAUUGUUGUAUCAUAUGAUGCUUUAGCAUAUAUUUUUGUGGUAAAAGUAAUAGCUCUCAUUAAAAUAUUGACGCCGUAUACAGGGAAUGGUUCACGUUGGGAAUCGUAUAUUUAAGCCUGUUUGGGUGAAAACAAAGUACAUUUUUACUAAAGUGUUAGCAGAUCACUAUGUUUUGUAUUGUAACCCUGUUCUAAUUUGUCGGGAGGUGAAGAUUUGUUUUCUACAGUUAUACGGUCCAGAUUUUUUUUUUCAUCCUCACAUCAGUGUUUUUUUUUGUUUUGUUUUGUUUUGUUUUUUAAACGAGUAAGUAAACGAAUCCACCUCUGGUGUUUUUACGUUUUCAGUUCUGUUGUUUUUAGCUUUCACCUCUUUCAUCCUGUUUAACGAAUAGAAAAGUAUCUGAAUGAUUAUGUAUGUAAACACGUAAACAAACGUACUGUUCUGUAGGACCUUUGUUUAUAAUUGGCUUCUAUGUUAUCGCUCAAAUUGUAUUUAAAUUAAAAGAUUGACCUGCUUUUCA